UUUGGGAGGACCAAGAUGGCGGCCAACUGGCUUCAACCAAUCGACAUACCGGUCUUGACCGUCCCGCAUGUGGACGUGACGUCACCAUUGUUUACUUUUAGCGAAACCACGCCCUCUGUUAGCAACUUGUGGCUAGUCGCCGCCAACGAAGCCACUCCGAGGUUCCCCGUACCGACACUGCACCGAGUCCAACAUUGCCUUCGCGUACGCAAGCUGGUCAGUGAAGUCCAGAUGCACGAGUCUGGGUCAGAACCAACUAGCCACGCCAUUCCAGCUGUUAGGACACAGAACGGGAAAAAUGCUGAGAAUGACAGUCGACUGAGGAGCGGCCAUACUCCUCCUCCAGAGUCACCCAGGGUUCCAACUUCGUCAUCCAUGAUGACCCCACAGGCCGAGGCUCCGCAGCAGCUACAGCAGCAGGCGGCGCAGCAGCAGGUCCUCAGCCCUCAGCAAAUCCAAGCUCUCUUCCAGCAGCAGAAGGCCCUCAUGCUGCACCAGGUACUGUGUCUGAGGGUGUGUGUGUGGGGGGGGGGGGGGGGGGGCGCUCAUCUACUUUCACUAGGUGUGACCUAUCUGUUUGGUCUAACUGUUUUAUCAACAUGUCUGCAGCAACAAAUUCAAGAGGUCUUCAAGAACCAGCAAGAGCAGCUAAAUAUGCAGCUGCUCCAACAGAAGAAUGCUGGGAUAGUUAGCCAGGAGCUCACAGCGCAGCAGAUCGCCAUUCAGCAGCAGCUUCUUCAGGUGCAGCAGCAGCAUCUGCUCAACCUGCAGAGGCAAGGCCUGCUCUCGGUGCUGCCCACCGCCCCUGCGGGCUGUGAGAAUGGCAGCGGCGGGGACUCCAAAGAGUCGUCCUCUCAGCAGUCACCGACGAAUGCCCAUCCUGCUCUCCUGAAGAGGAAGGAAAGCGGCUCGCUGGAUGAGAACGCAGCCAGUAGCCACCCUCUCUAUGGGAACGGCAUGUGCAAAUGGCCUGGCUGUGAGACGGUCUUUGGAGACUUUCAGGCAUUUCACAAGCAUUUGAACAGCGAACACACACUUGAUGACAAGAGCACUGCACAGUGCCGUGUGCAGAUGCAAGUGGUACAGCAGUUGGAACUACAGCUAAAGAAAGACAAAGAGCGACUUCAAGCAAUGAUGGCUCAUCUGAAGUCGUCGGAGCCCAAAGCUGCAGCUCAGCCCGCGAACCUUGUGCCUAGCAUGUCCUUCUCCCAGGCAAUGCCACCCAAAGGUCCCCACAUGAGCUUGUCCCAGAGCGCCACGGCGCCAUCCACGCCCUUGACGCCACUUUCUGAAUCCCCCUCAGUCCUCACACCCAACGGCGGCUUCAACGGAACGCCUGUACGUAGACGGUACAGCCGCUCCGUCAGCCAAGAUAUCGUUGACAAUAAGGAGUUCUACUUGAGCACAGAGGUCCGACCCCCAUUUACAUAUGCAUCCCUCAUACGACAGGCAAUAUACGAGUCGCCGCGCAAUCAGUUAACUUUAAACGAAAUCUACAACUGGUUCACAAGAAACUUUGCCUAUUUCCGACGCAACGCAGCCACGUGGAAGAAUGCUGUCAGACACAACCUGAGCCUCCAUAAGUGCUUCGUACGGCUGGAGAAUGUGAAGGGAGCCGUGUGGACAGUCGACGAGAUCGAGUUCCACCGAAGAAGGCCCCAGAAGGCCGCCGGUAAUGGAUCUCUCUUGAAAAACAGACCGAGUUUAGCUGGGUCUGCUUCCCAGCUCGGAAGUCUAGACUGCAACUCGUUCUACAACCCAGGUGCGAUGGGCAGCAUCCCAUUGCAUUCCUUACCCCACAUCCUCCAGGAGCAGAUGAACGGCGCCCUCGCCAACGGGUCCGGCUACCAAAGCGACAGCAGCGCGACGCAAUCGCCCCCGCAAGCUUUCGUCAAAGAGGAGCAGGAGGACGAAGAAAUCUGUGAAAACUACCCUUACGGAUCUCCCGCGAGCGCAGAUGAGCACGGCCACAGCCCCGAGAUGGGCCGCGACGAAGACAACGGCAGCCCGGAGAGGCUCCGCCUGGACCGCGUGCCCUCGCUCUGACCUCGAGGGCCAAGAUCUCUGACUUGAUAUUCCAAAAGAGUCCAAAAAAAGCAACUGUUUCAUCCACAUAACCAAACACACUCUUGUUGUUCUUUUAUUAUUUAUCAGUAUUUUUGUUUUUUUUGGUUCUUUUAAUCUAGUUUUUGAUUUUGUACAGUCAAGUGAGGUCACGUGAAACUGUCUUUUCAUGGUUGAUGUGUUUUAGACGCGAGCAUGAGGAGCAGAGAAGCCAAAGGAAAAGGGAACACUGAGAGGGAGCACUUCACAAUUAAAAGAAGAAGAAAAAGAAAAACACUAGUUGUUUUUUUUUUUUUUAUUUUAGUCAUAUUAUAUAUGCAUUUGUAGAGAGAUGAUUCCUGACAUGUUCACUGCCUACGUGAUCGCAUAUAUUUGUAUGUAAAGAUCUCGUGAGGUGAUAUAAAAACAAAA